CUGCCAGCGCUCUUGGCCUGCGUUCCAUCGCCCUGCACCAUCCCGGGCUCACUGUUCUCUCGGUCUGGCCCGGCUUGGUUGGUUCCUGGAUCAUGUUCACCACAAGCAUGCCCACUUUCCUCGACCCAGCCAUCCCCGGCCCAGCCAUUCCCGGCCCAGCCAUCCCCGGCCCAGCCAGCCUCGCAGACGCUGCUGCCCAAGAGGAUCGGAUGCUCGUGGCCUUGAGCACCUACGCUUUCCAAGACUAUAUCGACAGCGUCCCAGUCCUGCUCCGUCUGCAGUCCCUCUCGAGGCGGUUCGGAGCAAUCUUUGGCAGUCGCUGGCAAUGGAGGCGCAUGUUCCAGCGCUUUUUCCGCCUGCCACCGGACUUUGAUAUCGACGACAUUGAUUAUCGCAGCGUCGUCUGCGCGGCAGACUCAUACUUUGGCCGCCGUGCCGAUGAACCCACCUGGCCGGUCGAACAGGCCCUUUGGCGGACGGUUCAGACCAGCGCAGCGGUCCACGAGCUGGUCCUGGAAAUGUGUCGGAUCAACAAUCGGAUGUCAACGUUCGUUCAACUUGGCACACACUCUGUGUGCCUGUGCUUCUCCAGAGCCCUCAGCAUCCGAAUCACCCACAACCUCGAUGAGUCGCUCGUCUUCAGCCCUCCGCUUCGGCUGCAUUUCGCCAUCGACAGCACACUCAAGCAACUGCCUUAUUUCGCCACUGCCCAUCUUCAUGCCAACGCCGCGCAGCUGUGUCUUGGGAAGCCUCCCCGAGCAGCCGAAGGCUGGCCGCUUGAGCUGACCGGUCUGGAGCAUCUGCAUUUUUGCGCCGACGCCUCUUUCCCCACACAGGUCCUGGACGGGUUCGAUAGCUGGCCCCUGAUGCCCAACCUCAAGUGUCUCUCGUUCUGGCCGCAGCACCAAGAGGGCAGCGGCACCGUCAUCAUCAGGUCCUUCCGAGGGUUCUCGCGUAUCUCACCGAGUAUCAAGGACCUGGAUCUGCGCGGGACCAUCAUCGAGAGCUUUGAGGGCUUCAGUGCACCCAGUCUCCUCAUUGCGUUUUUGCCGGACCGUCACCCGGACCUCGAGAUGCUCUCGCCGGCGCUAGCUCAUGCAAAGGAGCUCUACCUCGGCCUGGCUUCUCAAGUCGCUGAUCUUCGCUAUCUGGCGUGCUGCUCCCAGCUCGAAGUACUUGCUCCGCCCAUGUCGGUUCGAUCGCUGGCGGGACUACCAGCGGACAUGAUGCGUCUCCAGCAACUGGAUCUCAGUGUAUGCACGAACCUUACGAACCUUGUGCACAUGCCUACUGCUCCGGCACUGCGGGUUCUCAAGAUGCCCGGAUCGCUUCAAUCCCUCUGGGGCAUGUCGGGCGACUUGGUGGGGCUUGAAGAGCUCGACUUGGCCGAUUGCGACAAGCUGGUCGAUCUCGAGUUCAUGGCCACGACGCCCCUCUUACGACGAUUGCUCCUGCCCAAGUCACUCGAGUCGCUGAAGGGAAUGCCCCGACUUCUGGACAACCUUGUCGAGUUCGGGAUUGCUCAAUGCGACAGGCUGACGGGCUUGGAGCACAUGGCUGCAAUGCCCCUGGUGAAGAUAUUGGUUCUGCCAAAGUCUGUGCGGUCGCUUCGUGGAAUGCCGACAGCCAUGAAGAGCCUCGUGACCCUCGAUCUCCUCCGGUGCGAGGAACUGUCCAGUCUUGAGCACUUGCCAAUCGCCCCACGCCUCAAGAAUCUCAGGCUGCCCAGAUCCACAGGAUCCCUCAAGGAAAUGUCGUCACUGAGCAAGAGUCUGAUGUGGUUGGACAUGGGUCACUGCAUAAAUGUGGAUACAUUGAAGCACCUCCCCGAGACUCCGAAGCUCCUCUCGUUCAGACUGCCCAAGUCGUUGCGUUCCCUGGAAGGCAUUGCUCCAAGAUUCGAGGUCCUAGUCGAGUUCAAUAUCAGCACUUGUGAGCACCUGGAUACACUAGAGCACAUGCCCUCCCUGCCUGCUCUGAAGGAGCUCAGUCUUCCAGAGUCCAUCCGAUCUCUCCACGGAAUGCCACAUAUGAUGGAAAGCUUGGUUAAAUUGGAUCUUAGCAACUGCACAAAUCUCACCAGCCUCGAGCACAUGGCCAACACACCCCAGCUCACGACCCUCCAGCUACCAAAGUCGCUUCGGUCACUCUUUGGAAUGCCUUCGACUCUGGGCCACCUCGGCGAUCUUUCCCUCGGGGCGUGCGAGAAUCUCGUCGAUCUUGCACACAUGGCUCGGGCGCCGCUGCUCAAGACCCUCGUGCUGCCUGCCUCGCUUGGGUCCCUCGAGGGAAUCCCGCCCGAAUUGCCAAGGCUGCGAUCACUGGACCUGAGCAAAUGCGGCUCCAUCACAAGACUUGAGUACCUGCCCUCUGCCCUCCCGAACCUGGAGUAUCUCAAGCUGCCGAAAUCGCUAGAGUCGCUUCAUGGCCUGCCCUUGGCCCUGGAAAGCGUCAUGCGGCUGGAUUUGAGCGGUUGUACUGGGCUCGAAAGUCUGGAGGGCAUGCCAGACGUGCCCCAGUUGAUUAUUCUCAAGCUACCUAGAUCGCUCCGAUCACUGCGAGGUAUACGUUCGACUUACGAACAUCUUAGACGCCUGGAUCUGGGUGAAUGUGCUUUGCUGGAUGACAUACCGCAGCAGUUACCGACAAUCCCACAGGACUGCUGUGUGGUCAUGCCGGGGCCUUCAAUACAAUCGGUAUAAUCGCAACACGCAUUCCGGAGAGAACGUGGGAGUUGCGG